UACAAAUUUUUACCUACUGUCUUAAUAUUAUUUUUUAAGUUGCUUUUUUGAAUUAAAAAAAAUAAUCAUACCAUACAAUGUCGUUAACCGAAGAAUGCAUGGGGUCCGAAGGUGAAGUAGAGCCAUGGGACGACAAGGCAAGGGAUAUAUCACUGGACGGUUUGAUGCAAAUGUCCCAGUCGUUAAAAACCAACAUAGAAUCGAAUUUUAACAAAUUUAAGCACGAAAGGAUACCAAUUGUCAAUGAAAUAUCGAAAUUGUGUGGCGUUCAAGUAUCGCUUGAGCAAUCAGACGUCACGGUCAGUGAACCCGUUAAGCGGUUAACCCUCGACUCGGAAAAUAACGAUAACUUUGGUAGUUUCACAAUUGAUAAUAAUAACGUUGCGGUGCGCUGGAAGAAAAGUUACGAGACCUUAAACGGUCUGGAAGACGACUUGAAGACCUUCCGGAACCUCCUAAACGCCCAAGGGGGCGACUUUAACCAGUCGAUACAGUCAAAGGCGAAAGAAGACGAACACCCAUUAGUAGAAGAGUCACCCAAGCGAAAAGUAGACGAAGUGAACGGAUUAUUAAACAGCGAGACGUUUCGAAGCGACGAAAUGGAAAAGUAUAGAGAUAACAUGAAGAAGUUAUUGGAAGCAGAGAACAAAUGUCAACGUUGGGCAGACAAGUACGACGAAUUGCAUGCCAAAUACCUAAAAUUGGAAUCCAAGUGCGUGGCUAUCGAGAAAGUCAAUUGCAGUUAUCAAAUAGAAUUAGCUAGGAUCAAAAGUGUAGAAGACGAAAAUCGACGUCUCAGCGAGUCAGUGGAUAAGCUAGUCCGCGCGAGGAACGAAUUGGAAGCGGCUCUGGAGUCGUGUCAUGAAACUAUGUAUAAGUACAAAUCAAACGAGGAGACUGCCCGGAACAAAGUCAGAGAAGCCGUGGAAAUAGUAGAGAAGACUUGUUUAGAAAAACAACAAGCCGUCGAUAGUUUAGAUACAGCAAACGCCGAGAUAGAGCGACUGCAAAGCGAAUUGAAAACGUUGGUACAAGAAGCCGGGGUCAAAGUUCACACUGAGGUGGAAAAGAUCAAGGACAUGUUCCGGGACAAGUUGAAGAACAUAAAUGCGGCCAACGAUCUCUUGAAAACGGAAAAGCAGACGGCCGAUCGCAGGAUAGAGCGGAUGUCCAAGGAAUACGCGGACUUACGAGAGGAUUUCCAGUUGCUCAGCCAAAAAUGCGCCGAAGAACCGAUCGUCCACUCGAAAAAGUUGGCCUCUCUCGUCCAGCAAAUCGGCGAUUACGAAAUUUGGUCCGAACAACUCACGGCCGACGUGGAAAUCCUCAAGGAAGCCAACAGGAAGAUCCAAGAAAGUUAUGCAAGGAAACGGACCAAGUACACGAUGGAGAUAGCGUUCCUUAGGGACACGGUGGAAUCGCUGGAAGGUCAUUUGAGCAGAGCUAUGCGUCAGAUAGCGGACGACAACGAGAAAAUGGUGGAUGCCACGGACCGCCUGAAAACACUGGAAAUGGAAAUGAGCAAGUCUAGCAGAAAAAAAACAGAAGAAGACUUGGAACAGAAAGACAAGCAAAUAAUAAAUGAACUCACCAAACACGUGGAAGCAUAUAAGCGAAUGAUGGACAUAUGGGAAGACGAGAUUUACGAAAUAACAAAUGGUUUUAAAAAUAGAAUUAUUCAACUUAAAUCGCGUUGUCGACAGUUGUAUCAGAAAAAUUCAAAACUAAAAAGGAUGAUUAACGUUUACAAGGAAAACAAACGCUUGAAAACAAAAAAAACUUUUAUAAAGUACCAUGACAAGACGUCUAAUUCAACAUCAACGUGAAACGUCAACAAAAGACAAACUUUGAUGUAUAAAUUAUUAAAACUAUGUGAUACAACCAAUUCUGUGAUCAAUACACUGCCUUAACAAAUUC